AUGGCAUCUGCUUCUGUUACAACAACAGCCGAUUUACAAGACGACAUAAGACAACAUUUAUCAGCUGAUACACUAAAUGAAUUAAAAAUAAUUGAAGAAGAGAAAGAAAAAGUUGAAGCAUUAAAAUUGGAAAUAAUAGACAAAGAGAAUGAAAUCAAACGAAUAAAUAAUGAAAUUGAACGUUUAAAUGAUGAGCAACUUCAAUUAACAGUUAGACAAAAUGAUUUAAGAAAUCAACAGGAGCAAUUUGAAACGAUUAUUAAACAAUUAGAAAAUGUAUUAAAGGAAAAGGAGGCGAAUUUAUAUCGUUUACAACUUGAAAUGGAUAAAUAUAAAGAAAAUAUUUUAAUAUUAAAUCAACGAUUGGAUAACAUAAAAAAAUGCCCAAGAUGUCGUGAAAAUUAUAUACCAUCGGAUGUACGCAACGAUAGUUGUCAUUACCAUAAUGGUUUUAUUGUUGAUGUUGGUCGACCAAAUGAAAAUUUAACACAGGAUCAAGCAUUAGAACGUGUACAACGUUCAAAGUUAGCAAACGACAGUUCCAUCAACAAUACUCCAAAACUGAUGUGGUCAUGUAGUUUACGUUUGUAUGGUGAACAAGGCUGUAAUGUAGGUAAAUGUGGUUUGUCAUUGGAAUUAGACGGUGCAGAUGAAAAAAUUAAGAAUUUUUUAAACGGUCUAAAACAACAACUACUACUACUACUAUUUCCACUACCAUCCCUAAAUCAAAUUCUUUCAAAACAACGUCGAAUACGAAUAAAUUAG